AUGAUGACAAGGGUGGAGUGGAGUGCAACUUGGGACAGUGCACCUACAGCUGCUUCGAGGAAUGGCAUGCCACUUUAUGAGUGCUGUGACAAGGCCUUCAAUUUAUAUGAGAGGUAUAUGCAGUGCCCCCCUUUCCCUUUGGAUGCCCUUCCCAACAACCGGGGCGGGGGAAGCUUACUCGACGCCGCCGACGCCCCGGCACCGAAAGCCGCGGCGCGACUGCGCUUGGCUCCGGCUGCCACGUCUGUCGUCCGACCCCGCUUAGCUCAGGCCGAGGCCGCCCCUCGACCUCGCCUCGUCCAUGCUGCUCCUCGGAGACAAGUGGACACUCGUUUCGUUCAAGUGGGAGCCGUUCCUGCUCCUCAGCCUGAGGUGGAGACGCGCUACGUUCAGGCUCCUGCCCCACAGCCUCAAGUAGAAACGCGUUUCGUCGAAGUAGAGGCCGUUCCUCCUUCUCGCCGCGAGGUGGAAACGCGUUUCGUCCAAGUGGAGGCCGUUCCUGCUCCUCGCCGCGAGGUGGAAACCCGUUUCGUCCACGUCCCCGUCUUCCAGCCCAAAGUGGAAACCCGUUUCGUCCAAGCAGAAGCUGUCCCUGCACCUUACGAAGUGGAAACCCGUUUCGUCCACGUCCCCGUUGCCCAGCCCGAAGUGGAAACACGUUUCGUCCAAGUGGAGGCCGUUCCUGCUCCUCACCGCGAGCUGGAAAUUCGUUUUAUUCAGGUCGGGGCUGCUUCUCGACCCGCCGUGGAAACUGCCUUCGUCCACAGCGGCGCCGCCCGCUGA